AAAAUGAGCAAACAAGAAUUGCAGGAAACCAUUGAAAAAUCAACUAGCAAGACUGCUGCUGAUGAGAGCAGUUUUGAAGAGGAAGAACAUGAGGAUAUCACUGCAGAUGAACAAGUAUUGCAAGAUUUUUACAAGAAGGAAGCUCAGAUUAAACAAGCUACUAAACCAAAGGAAGAAAAGCCGGUUGCUGCUUCUACUUAUGAAGAUCAGGGAGAAGGUGCACAUAUGAUUGAAAUGCCAUUAGAUAAAACUAAGCUUUCCAAGACUGAUAUUAGGUCAUUGCACAAAGAUGAAGUAAAACAAGCUAGAAAGGAAUUGGACAAGCUUCCGAAGCCUCAAACUUUCCCAAAUCAUGCUGAAAUUAGUUUCUUUGGUGCUUCAGGUACUGUUACUGGUAGUAAGCACAUGAUUACUUAUGGAUCUUUGAAUGCUUUGAUUGAUUGCGGAAUGUAUCAAGGUUUGAAGGAACUUAGAGAGAGAAACUGGAAAUUAAUUUCAUCAUCAAAACCUGUUGAAACAAUGUGUGAUGCCAUCAUUAUUACUCACUCUCACUUGGAUCACACUGGUUAUCUUCCAAGAAUGGUUGCUCUUGGAUUUACUGGACCAAUCUACAUGACAGAACAAACAUUUAAUUUGACCAAACUAAUCUUGUUGGAUUCUGCUCGUUUACAAGAAGAAGAUGCUCACUAUGCCAAUCACAAAGAAACUACUAAACAUGAGGUUGCCCUUCCACUCUAUUCCGAAGAAGAUGUUCUCAACUGUUUCAAGUUGGUGAGAACUGUCAAGUAUGGAGAAAAAAUUGUUGUUAAAAGUAGAUUGGAUGAAGACAAAUUCAGCUUUAAAUACUUUAAUGCAGGACACUUGUUGGGAUCAUCGUUUGUUGAAAUUACUCUUGACACAAAGGAAAAGAUUAUCUUUUCAGGAGAUUUGGGAACUUUCCACACCUCCACUCCAAUGCAACAACAACCUCAAUUACCAAUGGGAGCUGAUUAUGUUAUUUGUGAAGCUACUUAUGGUGGCAAGUCACACAUUGAUUUUGCAACUGGUAGAGCUGCUGAGGAUCAAGAUUACAUUAUUGAAACUAAGGUUAAACCAGCGUUGAAACAAGCUGUUGAACAUAUUGUGGAAAAUGAUGGUGUAAUUCUUAUUCCAGCUUUUGCCAUUGGUCGUUCUCAAACUAUUGCUUAUCACUUGUUAAAGAUGAUGAGAGAGAAGGAAAUUCCAACACUUCCUGUCCACAUGAACUCUCCAAUGUCAGUUGAAGCUCUUGAUUUUUAUCAACAAUAUUUAUUGGACGAACAUCAAAAGGAUGCACACGAAAUUUUGAGAGAUGUCAUUUGCCAUAAUAGUGCUAAGGAAUCUAAGGAACUUCACAAAAAGCUCAAGGAUGGUUAUUCUAAAUGUGUCAUUAUCAGUAGUAGUGGUAUGAUGACAGGUGGUCGUUGUUUAUUCCACUUUGAAGAAUUGGCUCCUCAUGAAAAGAACGUUCUCUUAUUGAGUGGUUUCCAAGCUGAAGGUACAAGAGGUAGAGACUUGCUUAAUGGUGUCAGAGAUAUCAAAUUAUUGGGCAAGACUGUCAAUGUUAAAUGCCAAGUCAUGCAAGUCCAAGGUUUGUCUGCUCACGGUGAUACUGAUGAUGUUAUUAAAUGGAUUGAGGCUGCCAAAAAUCCAAAACCAAAGAUGGUUUUCGUUGUCCACGGAGAACCAACCUCACUCCGUAGUAUGGCUAGAGAAAUUUGUGUUGAAUUGGAUGUUAAUGCUCUCGUUCCAAAGAGAGGUACAACAUUCCACAUGAGAACUGAACUCUCCUUCAGUCACAGUAGAAGAGCUAGUGUUGUUUCAACCAAUAACAGUUUACAAGAUGUCAUUUCAAGCAAUAUGCCUGAUAUUCCAAAACUUGGAAAGACCAAUAUGGUUCACGUGAUGUAUGCUGGUAUUAUUUUAAUUGCCUUUAUUGCCUUCCUUUUAAGAUUCUUUUAAAUUAUUUGUAAAUAUAUUUGACUUGUAAAUUUCAUUUGAAUAAUAAUAAAUUAAGUUAUCCAC